CUAGAUCCUCAGACCUUCAAUCUUGCCUCUUAUUUCAAAAGGAAAGUUCGGCUAUCCCUCGCUUUCUUCACUCCUCAAAUAAUAAUCCUUGCUGUUAUUACUAUUUAGAUAUGGCGAAGCCCGUAGUGUUCGUGAUUGGAGCGACUGGCUCCAUCGGAGUAUCGACGCUAACUGCCUUGUCACAGAGGUACGGCAAGGAAGUCAAAAUUCUGGCCGGUGUGCGCAACCCGGACAAGGCCGACAAGCUGCGUGCACUGGAUAAUGUGACCAUUGUCAAAGCAGAAAUCGGCGAUCCGAACCUGAACGAGACGCUCGCUGGCGUGGACAGUUUAUAUAUUGUUGUUCCAGGUGCUGAGGAUCGGACAGAACUGACCCGAACAACAGCGGAGGCAGCCAGGGCAGCUGGUGUCAAAUUUAUUCUGAGCGUGAGUGUAACAUCAGCAGAUCGCCCUGAGCUCACCUUUGGAAAGCAGUUCUCCGGCCUGGAAAGUCACAUCAAGUCUCUGGGAGUGCAGUAUGCAUUCCUGCGCCUUCCUCUGUUUUACGAGAACAACCUGGCACACCAGGCAUCGAUCGCCGGCCAGGGUGCCUUCUACGGCCCCGUGGAGGCAGAUAAGCCGUUCACACCAGUGUCGGCAAGUGACGCCGGCGUAGCGGCUGCAGUCAUUCUAAGACACCCAGCUAAACAUCACGGCAAGACGUACACUCUUGCUAGCGAUCGACACACCAAACUCGACAUAGCCGCGGCCUUCUCUUCGUCACUCGGCAAGGAGGUGAAGUACGUGCAAGUUGCUUAUGACCAGGCCAAGCAAGCGUUUAUGACCAAUGGCGUGCCGGAAUGGCAGACUGACGGAAUUAUGGAAUUGUACCAUCUAAUCGAUGCCGGUGACCCUGUGCUCAACCUUGGUGAUCUGUCUGACUUUGAAAAGAUUACAGGAGAGAAGCCCACCAGCAUAGCUCAGUGGGUGGCGGGAGCUGCCGACAUUUUCAAAUCCACGUGAAAGGAACUCUAGGAGUGCCACAUGCAGUGCCGUCAACUCUUGUAAAGCUGGUUGCUUGCAUGGAGUCACUGCACCCACAAUCUCACCGCUAUUGAGCAAUUUGUUGAUUGAUUCUGCAGUUUCUAGCACAGGCUCUUUGCAAGCUGGACAGUGUCUGCUGAAGUUCUAUCUGCUGCCCUAAAUGCACACUGAGUACGUUGUUGCAUGUUUACGAAUCCUCUUCCCACAUCCAUUUCCAUCCGUGUUAAUCUCACCAGAUAUACAUGUAUAGAAGUCAUGAUUACAUGCACCUCUAACCCAGCCGGUGUUAUCAAUUUUGUCUUUCACUAGCGCACUUCCUGUGCAUUGCACCACAAACGUAUUUUCUAAUCAGAAACUACCCUUCAUGAA